AAGCAUGCCUUUCAACGGACCAAAUUUUAUAUAUAGGUUACCUUGUCUGUAGAUUGAAUGCAUUGUGCAUGACAUGAUUAAGGUUACAAGGAUGCAUAACCUUAAACAGAAAGCCACUCUCUUCUUCACUAUCUCCGUCUGCUCGGCCCUCGUCUUCCUCGCAUUCUUGUCGGUAACAAGUUUCAAUUCCUUGCUCACAAAAAAUGAAAUUUUUUCGGUCACAGGGCCUACACGCCCCGACCAGAAUCUGCAUAUUCAUCGUCAGAAGAAACUUGAGGUUGCCCACACGGAGGCAUGUGAAGGCACACUCUACCCAGAGCUCUGCGUCUCGACUUUAGCCGCCGCAUUGCCGGAUCGGCGGGCGAAAACCAUACCGGAAAUCAUCGCCGCCACCGUGAAUGUGACGGUGGAUGAGGUCAAAGCCUCCGCCGUCAACUGCUCCGGCAUCCGGCGGAAAUUGCCACGGCUGGGGCCGCUGGAGAAGCGGGCGCUCGACGACUGCCUCGAGCUGUUCUCCGAGACCCGCGACGAGCUCAAAAAAGUGCUCUCCGACCUCGCCACCACCGCCUCUUCUUCCAAGCACUACGUUGACCUGCAGACGUUCUUCAGCGCCGCCAUGACCAACCAGGCCACGUGCCUCGACGGCUUCGCCUACAGCAAGAAGCACGUGCGCCGCAUCAUCGAGAAGCGGCUCGUCCAAAUCUCCCAUCACGUGAGCAACGCCCUCGCCAUGCUCAAAAAGAUUAAAAAGAAAAAACUCAAACCUAAUUCCGACGAAAUCUUCCCGGAAUACGGCGAAGUCAAAGACGGGUUCCCCAAGUGGCUCAAGAAGAAAGACAGGGCGCUGUUGCAAGCUCCGGCGAGCCAAACAAAACCUAAUCUCACAGUGGCUCAGGACGGCACCGGAAACUUCAAAACAAUCAACGAAGCAUUACAGGCGGCUCCGAAUUCGAGCGCCACACGAUUCGUGAUAUACAUUAAGGCCGGCGCUUACUUCGAGUACGUUGAGGUGGAUAAGAAGAAGACAAAUAUCAUGUUCAUCGGAGACGGCAUCGGAAAAACUCUGAUUAAAGGAAACCGGAGCGUCAUCGACGGGUGGACCACUUUCCGUUCCUCCACCCUCGCUGUGGUAGGGAGUGGGUUCAUAUUGAAAGGGAUAACGAUCGAGAACUAUGCCGGACCGGAAAAGCACCAGGCGGUGGCGCUGAGGAGUGGCUCCGAUCUGUCGGUCUUCUUCAACAGCAGCUUCGUUGCGUACCAGGACACUCUCUACGUCCACUCCCUCCGCCAAUUCUACCGCGACUGCGACGUCUACGGCACGGUGGACUUCAUAUUCGGCAACGCCGCCGUCGUCUUCCAAAACUGCAAUCUCUACGCUCGGAAACCUAUGGAUAAUCAGAAGAACAUCUUCACCGCGCAGGGAAGGGAGGACCCCAACCAAAACACCGGCAUUUCGAUCCUCAAUUGCAAAGUAGCGGCGGCCGCCGAUUUAAUCCCGGUGCAGUCGUCGUUCAAGAACUACCUCGGACGACCGUGGAAGGAGUAUUCUAGGACGGUGUUUAUGUUUUCGAACCUCGGGAGUUUGAUUGAUCCCGCGGGUUGGUUGGAGUGGGACGGGGACUUUGCGCUAAAAACGUUGUACUAUGGCGAGUACCAGAACAGAGGACCGGGUUCGAACACGAGCGCGAGAGUGAAAUGGCCGGGCUAUAGAAUCCUUAACACUAGUGAGGCUAAUCAAUUCACCGUCGGGAACUUCAUACUCGGACAGCAAUGGAUUCCGGCCACCGGCGUUCCAUUUUAUGUCAAUUUGACCGCAUCUUGAUUUGUCAACGCAGUUAUUCUGUUGUAAUCCUUCCGAAUAAUUACAAAUAAUCUGUAAUAUUUCGAAUUAAGAAGUUUAAUAUAGUUUUGCAUUGGAAUA